UAAAAAGGGUAGACAGAACGAGUAGCUCUAGCGGUCUCAUGCUAGUGGCUAGGCAUACACUGCAACCUGCGGAGAGUUCCCAUCACCAGCCGGACACAGACAUUCUUCAUGAUGAAUAAGGAGGACUUUGUUACUUUUAUAGCAAUGGUGGUAAACGGGCACUGCUCAAUUGGGGAAAUGAAGUAUAGGAACGUUGACAUGAAUUAAAAGGCUUACAUCCGAGUUGUGUCUGGUGCGGUCCUACCCUCGCAGCCCACUGAGCCAUAACGCAGAGUUGUAGAGUUUUUGAAUGACUGAAGGAGUGGGAUGUUUUACAAAGUUUUUUUGAUAAUACGUGUGGAUUAAUGUUUUUUUCCCUUCUCCGUAAUGAAGCAGUUGGUGGCGGCAAUACAACAAUAGUUGUGGUAUGCCAUAACGUUUCAGAGAAGAAGAAGAAGAAUCUCAACGUUUUGGCACUUUUAUUUUGAAAUCCAUAACACUUCCGGGUCUGGAACAGCGAAAUUCGACUUGUGGCGCUGAAAUGCUACAUUGUAGUUGAAUUGUCUCAGAUUAAGGUUUACCGUGAGUUUUGAUAAUACUUUUCUUUAUUAGUUUUAGACAAGACGUGACAAUGUCUCAAGAUUGGAUAGGUUAUAGCUAUGCUGCAUUGGUCUCGGCAGGAGGAAUCAUGGGCUAUAUAAAAGCAGGAAGUGUAACUUCACUGGUUGCAGGACUUUUCUUUGGGUUUCUAGCUGGACUUGGUGCCUACCUGAUGUCUCAGAAUCCUAAAGAUGUCAGGCUUUCUCUAGGUACCUCAGGAACACUGGCCGUUGUCAUGGGAAUGAGGUUUCUAAAUUCCUGGAAGUUCAUGCCAGCUGGUCUGAUGACAAUAGCAAGUAUACUGAUGCUGGGGAAGACUGCAGUGGGGAUGUUCAAGAGACCACAUGAUUCAUAAAUGUGAAGAAUAUAGGAAUUUCACAGUUUU